CUGGUAGUUUAUCGGCAAUUCCGCACCACGUCUCUUUCUCUUCCAAAGAAAAUUCUCAUUUGUAUCUUUCCGCGAAGAUGCCUACUGCAACCACGACACUACACCUACCGUCCGCCGAUGCACUCACCGCAGUAGCCUGGUACCUCCUACGUCUCACCCAGUUCUCAAGCCUCAGCAUAUCUUGCUUCAGUGUUUGCUACCUCAUCUGGAUGCACAGCCAUCACUUCCGAGCCUACUGGUCAUGCAGCGACCCCCGUCAGGAAGCGGCGUCAAUUCCUUUGGGUGAAGUUAUCUAUGUCGUAUCUUGCGUCCUGAUUGCCCUAGAAUGGAUCUACACCACCUCCUCAUCCCUUCUCACCCUAUCCAGUGGAAAGAGGCCAGAUGUCUUCACUCAGCUGUGCUCUACCUGGAUGAGCGUCAUGAUUCUCGCCAUCUGA